AUGAACAAGACACUGCACUGGCAGCAGCGGAUCGCUCUUAUUCGUCACAACCUCCACGCCGCUCACCGUUCAGGCGACUUCACAUUCUUCAAGACUUUGCAAGCUCAAGCACUGUUCGAUAAUACCAAUCAUGUAGCCACUUUGUCGGCAACUCUUGGCGAUGAGGUCGACGGUGUCCUCUCCGGGCUCGAUGAUCUAAAUGCGUCCAUUGCUCACGUCCACGAGGACGCCUUCAGAAACGUGUACAAUAGUCUCAAGACAUACCUUCACGAGUCUGGUGCCGCCAAUGGUGGCUUCGAUGAGAAGAGCAAGGUCUUCGUCGAUGUGCAAAUGCAGAAGCAGAUGGCGGACCACGCAAUCGACAAGGCAACCUCUUCUGCCAUUGCACUUAUUCAACAGCAACCAGCCUGCGUUCAGGACACUGCAGCAGCGGUCUGGAUCACAGGGACCACUAUCAUUGCCGACAGUGUCGAAGUUGUUCUGCAACAGCUGGCUGCGCUUGAAAGCAACAUGCACGACUUCAUCCGACUAGAAGAAAGCUGGAAUGGUGUCAAAGCCAGUGUCGGGUACAGCAUCUCUGCGCUGAAGGGCGUGUUCAACCUCAUGAGCGAUGAGGCAGAUUCCCCCGCUGUCGGCGCAGCCUCCCAGUCUUCCAGCUUCUCUGGUACCAUGUUCCGUCGUUUGUCCAGCGCGUUCGGCUCUGGUCCAGCUCCGCACAGUCGAUCAAACUCAUCAGCCUCUGUUCCCACCAGUAGAUCAUCCUCUUUCUCAGGCGGAACGAACCAUAUUCGAGCGUCCUCCUUCCAUGCUCCCGACUACAAGAUGCCAAGCAGUUUCCGCAACAGCGCGUCUUCCGCUUGUCCUACUUCAUUACCCGCUGGAAGUGGUUGGAGGUAUACACAUCUCGAUACCAUUCCUCCCACUCCUGGUGCUGGGGAUAUUGGUGAUGAGGAGAUCAACCCUUUUGACACUUCUGUUCCGCCUAUGCCCGAGAUGCCUAACCUUAGUGACAUUAGAUCCGAACAAGCUGUUAUGUAA